CAGUAACGAUUUGUAAGAUGAGGCAUACAUCAAAGAGAAAACCACCAUAGCAUCAGGCUGAACCAUUUCAGGGACUCGUGGGUAACCAAGAGCGGCUUUUCUGGAGCGUUAGUGGGAAUUGUCCGUUUAGAAAUCUACCUCCCCAUCUCGAGACGAGUUUAAAAAAAAAAGAAGAAGAAGAAUUAAGAAAGAAAAAACAGGUGGAACCGACGUAAAAUUGGCCACAGCAGCGCACGCGGGAGACAGAACUUUCUGGGGGCAUCCUGCCCGCGCUCUUCACGCGUGGUGCGCGCAGGUGGCGCUGCGGUCCCUGAGCUCCCCGCGGAAGCCAGCGAGGAGCCCAGGAGGCCACCCAGAGCCUCCGCGAAGGGUGCGCCUUGAGAGCCCGGUAGCGUCGGAUCUCUGUGCUGCAUACCCGAUGAUGGAUGAGCCGUGGUGGGAAGGGCGCGUCGCCUCAGACGUCCACUGCACCCUGCGCGAGAAGGAGCUGAAGCUGCCCGCCUUCCGAGCCCACUCCCCACUGUUGAAGAGCCGCCGGUUCUUUGUGGACAUCCUGACCCUGCUGAGCAGCCACUGUCAGCUGUGCCCCGCGGCCCGGCACCUGGCUGUCUACCUGCUGGACCACUUCCUGGACCGCUACAACAUCACCACCUCCAAGCAGCUGUAUGCCGUGGCGGUCUCCUGCCUCCUGCUCGCAAGUAAGUUCGAGGACAGGGAAGACCACGUGCCCAAGCUGGAGCAGAUAAACAGUACAAGGGUCCUGAACGGCCAGAACUUCACCCUCACCAAGAAGGAGCUGCUCAGCACAGAGCUGCUGCUCCUGGAAGCCUUCAGCUGGAACCUCUGCCUGCCCACGCCCGCCCACUUUCUGGACUACUACCUCUCAGCCUCCGUCAGCCAGAAGGAUCGGCACUGCCACAGCUGGCCCGCCACCUGCCCCCGCAAGACCAAAGAGUGCCUCAAGGAGUAUGCCCACUACUUCCUAGAGGUUACCCUGCAAGAUCAUAUUUUCUACAAAUUCCAGCCUUCUGUGGUGGCCGCAGCCUGCGUUGGGGCCUCCAGGAUUUGCCUUCAGCUUUCCCCCUACUGGACCAGAGACCUACAGAGGAUCUCAAAUUACUCUCUGGAACAUCUCAGCACAUGCAUUGAAAUCCUGCUGGUAGCUUAUGACAAUGUCUUCAAGGAUGCUGUUGCGGUCAAGAGCCAGGCCUUGGCAAUGGUGCCUGGCACGCCCCCUGCCACCACCCAGGUGUUGUUCCAGCCACCCACCUACCCCACCCUGAGCCAGCCGACGACACCAGCCCUGGCGCCAUUUCAGACCCCCGUGCAGGACCUAUGCUUGGCCUAUCGGGACUCGCUGCAGGCUCAUCGCUCUGGGAGCCUGCUCUCAGGAGGCUCUGGCUCCUCCCUCCAUGCCCUGUACCCCACCCUCCAGCCCCUGGACGUGUGUCCCGUGUCCCUCCCCACGCCCCUCAGCAUGCAGAUGGCCAUCGCGGCUGAGCCCAGGCACUGCCUCACCACCACCUAUGGAAGCAGCUACUUCAGCGGAAGCCACGCGUUCCCCACGGGCUGUUUCGACAGAUAGGGCACCUUUGGGCCACACAGGGAGUCCUUGGAGACCCACCUGGGCAGAGGACGAGGACACAGGUGAGGGGAGCUCAGCGGAGUGAGGCAGUGGGGAGGCCAUCCCCACAGAGCCUCAUUGCUACCCUUGAACGGAGAGGGUUCAUGUUCUUUUUAAAUAAAGCUGACCCCCAGCAAAACAGUCCAUGGCAACCUCCCCCGAGAGCAUUCCUCUGGAAAGUGUCUUCCACAUAUGUAGCUGGGGUGCAGGGGGGUGGCUCGGCCACAACCCUCUGGAGGAGGGACCCCCUGAAUUGAGAAAGACUUGGUGAGAGGCCAGGAGACUGGAAACUGGAUGCAGACUGCCAGUCCAUGAGCAUGUUUGGCUUUUAGCAUCAAAGACUUCUUUACUUCUCGCCAGUGGCAGCUACACUGAAAAAGAAGGGGACUGCAUGAUGUAUCCUCAGGACCCCAGCAGGUGCCGCAUUGGGUGCUCUUUCCCUGCCUCCAUACAGAAGAGCUGUGUGUGUGUGUAUGCCUAAGCAUCAGCCUUCUGAGGCACGGUGGGCGGCUGUCUUGCCUUUGUUGUCGGACCUAAAACCUUAUUAGGCCUUUUAGAUAUCUCACAUGCUGCUGCUUCCUGAAGUGACCUAGCUUUCUGUUCAGUAAGAUAUCUUGUUUACAUAGUGUAUCAGGGAUUUUACGAUACUUGAAAAUUCCUUAGGAGAGAAAAAAUGUUGAUCGCCACACUGCCUGUCCCAUGCAAGGGCUGUAGAUUCGGACCCAGCUUGUAACAACAAGCAGGUGGUUGGGGAAAGCCACUCCCCAGGCUCUCAGUUCAAGAAGAUUCCACAUCUUGGGUGCUGUGUUCACCUGUAGAACUUUGACAGCCACCCAGAGGAGAAGUGGUUGAAAGGUGGACAGAGGUUUACAACCAACAACCCUAACCCCGCUCCACCAGGUGCUUACGGUGUGUGAGUUUGGCUAAUAGGGAAGGCUAAUGAUGUGGAAUGUUUGCUUCGUGCCAGCUGGAGUCGGGGAGCGGGGCAUGGACAGGGGUGUAGGUCACAAAUACAGGCAAGCAAUUGGUUGGAUCGAAAGCCAGUGUUUGGGCACCUACAGCAAGAGGGCCCUCAGGAAGACUCUCAUAACCAUGUGCAAUAUGUUUUUAUUCUGACUCAUGACUUGUGCUAGUUGUGUUUUUUUGGUUUGUUCCGAGUCGGAGCGACACACUGUUCACCCAUUAGAACUGGGAGGUGUAAAGAACAAUGGAGACAUUUUUUUUGUUUGUUUUAAGAAGAACCCAUCUUGGUUUUCUUGGCUUAUUUGCCCGUCAGUGCAGGAGACUGGCUCGGGGACUAUCAGGAAGGCGGCCAUGUGCUGCUGAAUUGGAUCCGAAGGUGAUUUUCAGAGCAGAUGAAGGCUUCGGUGUGGAAGCAGAAUAAGAAGAGGUAAUGCGAAUAAGGCACUGGUGCCGCUGUGUCACAUGAGUGUGGGAAGACUACACGUUUGUUUGUUGCUUUUCUCUUUUUCCUUUGCCAACCUCCUUCUAUUUAUGUGAGACUGGUUUGGAUUCCAAGUUGUUGUGUCUGUCUGGCCUGGGACUGGGGCUUGUGAAGGGCCCCCCAGUAGAGCCUCACAGCCAGCCCAGCACGCAGAAGAAGGCGUCUUGCAAUAAACAGAUCACCUACU